GACUACACUGUGCGUUUCGUGUUCGUCUUCGCCGAUUUGGACCGACGACGACGACGAAAAAGAAAGAACGAGAAUCGCAGAGCAAUGAUAGUCUGCAGAUCCCUCUUCAGGUCAAAUUACAUAUUUUUUUAAUAAAUAUAUGUGGAUUUUGAUAUUGUUGCAGAGCGGACCGUGUUCUGAAAUUAACGAAUUCUUGUAGUGCAUUGAAGCCAGUAGUUCAUGUUCAGAUUGUCAAGAAUUACAUUGUCAAUGAAACUGAACUUCUGAUCGAAUUCAAAGUUGCCUGUUAGUUUUGACAUUUGUGACAUCAAAUCCUGCGACAGGGGUAUGGAACUUGUGAUAUUUUGAACUAUAAAUUUAAAAUGACCGACAGAAAGGAUAAGCACCAUCAAGGAGAAAGGAGUAAAAAGCUCAAGCAUAUUAAUCUUGCUUGGAGACCAGUAAAUACUCAAGCCACUUCGUAUCAAGAAUGCUCAUCAGAAGAUGGCAAGAUUAAGUCAGAAGAUGAAGUCAUUAUGAGUAACUCAUCAUCUUCUAUUUCUGAUUCAAAUACUCGAAAUGCGGCAGAGGUAACUGAAGCAGUGGCUGAAAUAACAGACUCAAUCCUGAGUUCAAGUGGAAUGGAUGAUAUUGGGGAUGGUAGAGUUUCAAAAGGAAAAUCAGUCAUUUCCACCGAAAAGCAUUCCAUUUCGGUUGAGGUUGGGGCUUCAUUAUUUAGAUUCAUUGAAGGAAAAGGAGGAUCUACUCGGAAACAGAUUGAAGAGGAGAUGGGAGUAAGCAUUAUCAUUCCAUCGUCAAAGAAAGAAGAUUCUCUUAUCAUUGAAGGUUUUUCAAUUGAAAGUGUGACUCAAGCUUCAGCUAGAAUCCAAACUAUCAUCGAUCAGGCAGUCAAAAGCCCAAGCCUUAAUUACUCUCACUUCAUUUCACUUCCACUGGCUAUACAUCCUGAUUUAGUUGACAAGCUUAUUAUGUUCCAGAACUCUAUUUUAGAAUGCGAUGAUCCUUGCCUAGAAAAGAAUGCAGCAAGUGGUUCAAAUGUAGAUGAUAACCAGAAGUUAGAUAAAGGACCCGAUGUUGCUGUUGAACUAAAAGUUGAUACUGACAAAGAACAUGUUCAAGUGAAUAUAACCAACGUACCUGUUGUCAGUUAUGCACCUAAGGUUUCUUCUACUUUAUCUGACAUGAGGAUUGACAAAUCCAUAUUCAUCAAACCAAAAACUUUUCAUUUAACUGUUCUCAUGUUAAAACUGUGGAACAAGGAACGAGUAGCUGCAGCUGCGAAAGUUUUGCAGAGUGUCUCUUCUAAAGUGAUGGAAACCUUGGAGAAUCGGCCGGUCUCCAUUAGACUUCGGGGUCUGGACUGUAUGAGGGGUUCUUUGGCUAAAGCACGAGUUGUCUAUGCACCUGUGGAAGAAAUUGGCAGUGAGGACAGACUUCUACGUGUUUGCCAGGUCAUUAUCGAUGCAUUUGUCGAUGCUGGACUUGUUCUUGAGAAAGAUGCGAAGAACAAAUUGAAGCUGCAUGCUACUGUGAUGAAUACAAGUCAUAGAAAAAGGGUGAGAUGGUCAAGCAAGAGAGAGUUCGAUUAUUUUGAUGCGCGGUCCAUUUUUAAGCAGUUUGGAUCGGAGGAAUGGGGGGAGUAUGUUAUACGUGAAGCUCACCUGUCUCAGAGAUUCGUCUUUGAUAACAAUGGAUAUUAUCACUGUUGUGCUUCCAUACCAUUUCCUGAAAAAAUGCAAGUAGACUAAUUUCAUUGUACUUUUUUCUGUACUGUUCUUAUCAUAAACUAGUACCAAGACAAUCUUCUACUAUAUCUUCUAUUCUAGCUUUCCCUUUCUUUACAUUGUAAAUUCCCGAAAUGUGAGCCCCUACAAAGCUAAUUUAUCUUUUGUAAAACCUUAAUAAACAGUUUUAUGUAUGUUGACACCAAUGAUGCUUUUAACCAAGUCUUUAUCAACCAAA